AGCUGGAAUGACAACAGUGGAACUACCACGACGUCAUCACAACGAGGAGCACAUACCUAGUAGUCCAAGCUGCUACACAGUUUGGGCCACUGUGCUGGAUAGAUUAAUUGGCUCAACACGACUCAAAUACGGAAAAAACGGUAUUUGCAUUUUUAAUUUGAUUAGCGCAUUCUCGGCGAUUACGAAAUAGAGCACCAACGAAAGAUGAGAUAGCACUCCGGACACGCGCAAUCCUAAAAAGCCGCGAAGAAGAAGAAGAAGAAUCUCGAUUGGCUCGGCGUCGAUUCUGCGAAGAAAGCCUUUCCCAUGGAUUCCCCGCCGCGACUUCCCGAGACCGACACGAUUGCACAUGAUAAUGUGCAGAAUCCGAGGACGUUUCUGACAAGCUCUCCGAUCAGCGUGCCGCACGGGGUGUCGCCAAACGUCAGUGACGGCGAGCUCGAGCUGGCGCAAGGCGACUCCGGUGCGGAGAACUUGGAGAGCGGUCCUCAAGUUGCGACGCCCAGUCCCGGCAGCAGCGAAGUGAUCCGACUGCGCCCGGCUGCAGAAAAGGAAAAGGAAGACCGAGACCCAGAUGCGAACGAGGACCGCGUCUCCAGGGGGUUCAGAGCUCCGCACGCCAGUAGCACCGAUGACAACGGAUCUGCUGCCUCCGUUUCAAGCCACGUUAAGGACGACGUCAGCCCCGACCCAAUACAUGCUGCAAUGCGCCCAGGUGCAACCGUGGCGGGUGACGGGAGAGGGGCGAGGGGCGAGGACCCAAGGCCUUCAAGCAGAGUCUCCGAAUUGGAAGAGGACGGUGGCGCAGAGCAACGUGGCACUGACGUUGAGGAGAAAGCGGGAUCCUAUUCUGCAGCGUCAGAACCCGUGGAAGGAGAGAGACGCCCACGGCCAGGCGCUAAAGAUCCUGCUAAAGAGCGCCUUCGGCCCGUUGAAAGAGUGGCCUCGGUGAAGAGAGUGCAGCCUUUCGGAAUCAUCGUCCUGCUCAUGUACAUCGCCAUCGUCAUCACCCUGGUCGUGCUGACCAUCGCGCUGUUCACCCAGAAACCCGCAGCCUGCACCAGCACCGAGUGCCAACUGUUCGCCAAGCUGCUUGAGUCCUCCGCAGACGCCUCCGUCAGUCCUUGCGAUAGCUUCGCGCGCUUCGUGUGCGCUGGCUGGGAGCGAAGCAAUGCACUCAGCGUGCGCGAAGCGCUGUACCAGAAGGCGCUGGACCGAAUGACGAAGCAUAUUCGCAACGUUCGCGUGCCAGAUUCGGGCCAGAACGACGUACAGCGAGCAGCUGCCGCUUUCCGCAGCUGCGAAAACGUGCUGAGCGGUCGGUUAGACCACCUUGCGGCGGUCAAGGGCGCGCUGUUGGAGGCUGGCAUCACGUGGCCCCGAAUUCCCGAUCGGGUGGACAUCCUGCACACGCUGCUGUUCACCUCUCUGAAGCUCGCGUGGGACGUGAUUGUGCGCGUUGUGCCCAGGCGCUCCGGCAACAUAACUGUGCUGGCGGUGAACCCUGGCCGUCUCUUCCACCGCAUCGUGGAAAUGGCGACGAACUCGCUGUCGGAAACAGAAUUCACGCUUUACUUCAACACCUUGCGGAGGGCCUUCGGCACCGAAGGCAGCGAUGAGAUAGAGGCUAGCUUAGUGGACACUGCCGCGCUCGAGAAAAUCACAGCCCUCGCGCUCGUUCCCAAGUACAACCUCUACACGCAGUAUCCGGUGCCCUUGACUGUGCCGCGUGAUAUUCCCAUUUCCGAUGUCGACUGGCUGGCUACUGUCGUUGACUUCGGCUACAACGGCACCACCGAAGUGGCACUGGUCACGACAGGUCCGAGCUUCGUCGGCGCCUUCCUCGACCUCUGGCGCAGAAUCGGCAGCAACAACACCCACCUUUUGACGUCAUGGAGCACAGUGCAGGUGGCUGCACUGUACGCGAACAAGGACCUGAUCCUCAACUACUAUGGUGGGAAGACUGAGGCGGCCUCCGUUCGCUACAGUGCCUUCUGCUUCACUACGGCUUACCUCCUCUCCCGUGGUGCUCUGCUUGAAAACCACAUGAGCGAAGCGGCCCACAAGGAUGCGCGAGCGAGCGCGGAGAGCAUCAUACGCUCGGUCGGCAACGCGCUCCGUCGCCGCCUCUCGAAAUGGUCGCAAUUUAAGGAAGACGUCACGGUCGUUGCCGACUGGUCGGCGAUGCCAUCCGAAGCCUUCUACGAAGCACAGGCCAUCGCCGCCGACGACGGUUGCUACGGCAGUGGGGGCGGGGUGCCCGACCUCACCGACUCCCUGCUGCUCAAUUGGCGUUCGUCGUCCAGGCUGAUGAUGAACGUGCCGGACCACGUCUACGAAGUGGUCGGUGCCAUCAACUCCCUCGAGCUGUCAGUGCCAUCUUCUAGGUCGAAGACAUUACGGCUGCUCCCGCUGUCUCUGUCGUUUCCCGUAUUCGACGAGCGGCUGCCACUUGCCGCCAACUACGCUGGUCUCGGAGGUCAGAUGGGCUCCGCCCUUUCUUGGCUUCUCCUUACAACCUAUGCAGGCGACGUGAGGACUGCCGACGUUGUUUGGAAUCUAAGCGAAUGCGUCAAAAAGGGCUCCUCUCGCGCCUUCAAGCUAGACAGUGCUCUCAGCCAAGCUUUCACUGCGGGCGCCCUCGUGGAUGCCUACGAGUACAAAGCGGCGGCUCACGACACUCGUAUUGGCGAGUACAGCGGAACUCGGCUCCUCUUAAUGGUGCUGUGCUUCUUCACGUGCGCCGGUAGAGACACUGUGAACGAGGGUGCCAUCUGCGAUUCGGCGAUGAGGCAAUCGAGGCAGUUUGCUAGAGCCUUCAAUUGCGAGUCAGGGACACCAAUGAACCCGGACAAACGGUGCAACCUGCCUUGACCGCCUUCGUCUGCACCCUAAUGCAGUCGUGUAUAUUUUACUUCUUGUAUUGCGCGACCGACGAAGACAUCAUUUAUUUGUGUUUUUGUGGCCGCUGUUAAAACAUGAGCGCUUUUAUAUAAACAGCACCACUUGCUAAUCUUUGCUGCGUAUACGUGACUUCUAAAGGUGUAUUGGGUACAAGUUGGACAUGUGUAUUUUGUUGCGUCCUUUUUGCUUGUCUAGGCGUAUAGGUGCGUUUUCUACAUGACGACAGUGCUACGGUUUGAGGCAGCUCUCAUACGCUUUUACCCCAUUAACUUUUCAAUAAACUUCCUUCUUGUCAGUA